UGGCUCCGGAUUACUUUUUUCUUGUGCGUCUCUAAACAGAGCGGAAGGAGCACAGUGUUUUCUGACGCAGGUCGCCCCACGCUGACACAGAAAGCCAGGUACCUCCGCGACACGUACCUGUCCGUGUGGCAUGUGACACUUAACGAGUGUCUUUUUAAGCCGAGGAGCAGGAAAGCUGAUCGGCAAGAAAAGGGCUCGACCUGUAGAGGAGAUAAAGAGCUCUCCGGUGGUUCCCCCGGGUCUCCCACCGCGGAAGGACGGAGAUGGAGCGGCUGUGCGGACAACAGCUUCCCUUCUGGGAAGCCAAUCAGACGCUCCACACAGAUCGGCCCGAUCUCCCAAAGUGCUUUCAGCUCUCUCUCCUGUCAUGGCUGCCAUGCAUCUACCUAUGGGCCGUCAGCCCCAUCUACCUCUUCUAUCUCAAGAAGAACAACAAAGGCUAUAUAAUGAUGUCCAUUAUGAACAGAUUCAAAACGGUAUUUGGCUUGUUCUUGUGGAUUGUGUGUUGGACAGAUCUCUUCUACACAUUCCACGAGCUGCGGCAGGGACUCAGCCAGCCACCCAUCUACUUUAUCACCCCGCUAGUGCUCGGCAUGACCAUGCUGUUGGCCACGUUUCUGAUCCAGUUUGAGAGGUUACGCGGGGUCCAGUCCUCAGGGGUGCUCUUCAUCUUCUGGUUCCUGUCCGUGCUGUGCGCCAUUGUGCCUUUCCGCUCCAAGAUCCUACAGGCCUCCAGCCAGGGCGAAGUGACAGACAAACUGCGCUUCACCACCUUCUACUUCUACUUCAGCCUGGUGGUGUGUGAGCUGAUCCUCUGCUGCUUCAAUGAGAAACCUCCCCUCUUCUCCAAUGUGGUCACAGACCCUAAUCCCUGCCCGGAAACCACAGCGGGUUUUCUCUCCACCAUUACCUUUUGGUGGUUCACGAGGCUGGCCAUUAAAGGCUACAAAAUGCCUCUGGAGGUCAAAGACUUGUGGUCUCUGAACCAGCGAGACAGCUCCAAGAUGAUGGUGCCCAAACUCCUCAAAGAGUGGGAGAAGGAGCAGUCCAAACACAAGAGUGAACCCACUCUGUCCAGUCAGGCCGUGUACUCCAAGGCGCCGCCGUCCACCGCCAACCACAUCGGAGGAGGAGGUGAAACCAGCCCUGAGGAAGUCGAGGUGCUGCUGUCCAAUCAGAAAGCCGCGCCCCGCCAGCCGUCCUUCUUACGCGCCCUCAUCAAAGCCUUCGGGCCCUACUUCCUGAUUGGAUCGGCCUACAAGCUCCUGCAGGAUGUCAUCACCUUCGUCAACCCUCAGUUGCUCAGGAUGUUGAUCUCAUUCACAAAGCAGACGGGAGUUCCUGAUUGGUGGGGUUACGCGCUGGCCUUCCUCAUGUUCUUCACAGCCUUCCUGCAGACUCUCAUCCUCCACCAGCACUUUCAGUACUGUUUUGUCACCGGCAUGAAUGUACGCACAGCUCUCAUAGGAGCAAUCUACAGGAAGGCGCUGGUGAUAACAAACAGUGCCAAACGUUCCUCUACCGUGGGAGAAGUAGUGAACCUGAUGUCUGUGGAUGCACAGAGGUUCAUGGACCUCACCACCUUCCUCAACAUGCUGUGGUCUGCUCCUCUUCAGAUUAUGCUGGCUCUAUAUUUCCUCUGGCAGAAUCUUGGUCCGUCUGUGAUGGCUGGAGUGGCUGUUAUGAUCCUGCUCAUCCCCUUUAAUGCUGUCAUUGCCAUGAAGACACGAGCUUACCAGGUGGAGCAGAUGCAGUACAAGGAUUCUCGCAUUAAACUCAUGAAUGAGAUCCUGAAUGGCAUCAAAGUGCUAAAGCUGUACGCCUGGGAGAACUCCUUCAAAGAAAAGGUCCUGGCCAUUCGACAGAAGGAGCUCAACGUGUUGAAAAAGACGGCGUACCUGGGAGCGCUGUCCACCAUGGCCUGGACCAGCGCCCCUUUCCUGGUUGCCUUGACGACAUUCGCCGUGUAUGUGACGGUGGAUGAGAACAACAUCCUGGAUGCGGAGAAGGCCUUUGUGUCACUCUCGCUCUUCAACAUCCUCCGGUUUCCGCUCAACAUGCUCCCCCAAGUCAUCAGCAGCAUCGUGCAGGCCAGCGUCUCGCUGAAGAGAAUCCAAGAUUUCCUGAGUCACGAUGAGCUGGAUCCAAAUUCAGUGGACAGAAAGAACACAGCCGCAGAAUAUUCAGUGACGGUCAUCAACGGGAAAUUCACCUGGGGUAAAGAAGACUCUCCCGUCCUGCACAACAUUAAUCUGAUGGCGCCUCAGGGCUCCCUGCUGGCAGUGGUGGGCCACGUCGGUUGCGGGAAGUCCUCCCUGAUCUCUGCUCUGCUGGGUGAGAUGGAGAAACUGGAAGGAGAGGUUUCUAUCCGGGGAUCAGUGGCGUAUGUGCCUCAGCAGGCCUGGAUACAGAACGCCACCCUGCGUGAUAACAUCCUGUUUGGGAAAUCCUACAAUGAGCAGAAGUACAGCUGCGUGCUGGAGGCCUGCGCCUUAACCCCUGACCUGGAGGUGCUGCCUGGAGGAGACAUGACCGAAAUAGGGGAGAAGGGCAUCAACCUCUCUGGUGGACAGAGACAGAGGGUGAGUCUAGCCAGAGCUCUGUACAGCGACGCUGACGUCUACCUGCUGGACGACCCGCUGUCUGCCGUGGACGCUCAUGUGUCCAAACACAUCUUUGACAACCUCAUCGGUCCAGAGGGGGUGCUAAAGGGCAAGACACGUAUCCUGGUAACACACGGCAUCAGCUUCCUGCCUCAGGUGGAUAACAUCAUGGUGAUGGUGGACGGCAGGGUGUCUGAGAUGGGUUCCUACCAGGAGCUGCUCCAACAGAACGGAGCUUUCGCAGAGUUUCUCAGGAACUACGCCCUGGAGGACAUCGUGGAGGAGGAGGAGGCGACAGAGGAACUAAUCCAAGAUGAGGAGUUGUUCCCUGACGACGCCCUUAGCAACCACACAGACAUGGUGGACAGUGAGCCGGUGAUCAAUGAGGCAAAGAGGAAUUUCAUAAGGCAGAUCAGCAUCAUUUCAGUGGACGGAGAGCACCCCAGGUCGCGCUCGGUGAGGAGGCACGGCUGCAGCCAGAAGAAACACGCUGAGCCACAAGAGAAGAAGAAGAAGCCACACGAAGUGGAGAAACUCAUCCAAGCGGAGACCGCGGAGACGGGCAGGGUGAAGACGACGGUGUAUCUAGAGUACGCUAAGGCGGUGGGACUGCUGCUGUCUGUGAUCAUCUGCUGCCUGUACGGCUGUCAGAGUGCAGCAGCCAUCGGAGCCAACAUCUGGCUCAGUCAGUGGACCAAUGACGCCUCGAGGAAUCAGACUAAGGAGAAUGUUCAUAUGAGGGUGGGGGUGUACGCAGCACUGGGCAUUGCACAAGGUAUCCUGGUGCUGAUCUCUUCAUACACACUAGCCACGGGAAACAUCGGCGCAGCCAAGAAGCUGCACUCUAACCUGCUCGCCAACAAACUUCACACCCCCCAGUCUUUCUUUGACACCACGCCUAUAGGACGCAUCCUCAACCGCUUCUCCAAGGACAUCUACGUCAUAGACGAGGCUCUGCCCUCCACCGUGCUCAUGUUCCUGAGCACCUUCUUCGUUUCUCUCUCCACCAUGAUAGUUAUCAUUUCCACCACUCCCAUCUUUGCUGUUGUCAUAGCACCCCUGGCUUUCAUAUACGUCUUUGUCCAGAGAUUUUACGUUGCCACGUCUCGGCAGCUAAAGCGUCUGGAGUCGGUCAGCCGCUCUCCCAUAUACUCCCAUUUCUCUGAGACCAUCACGGGCUGUAGUGUAAUCCGAGCCUAUGGCAGACACUCUGCCUUUGUUCUGAUGAGUGAUAUGAAAGUGGAUGAGAACCAAAAGAGUUACUACCCUGGUAUAGUGUCCAACAGGUGGCUGGGGGUACGUAUAGAGUUCAUUGGGAACUGCAUUGUGUUGUUUGCCGCUCUGUUCGCUGUGACGGGGAAGGCGAGUCUGAACCCCGGCCUGGUGGGUCUGUCAGUGUCCUACGCUCUACAGGUGACCAUGUCUCUGAACUGGAUGGUGCGAAUGACUUCAGAUCUGGAGAGCAACAUCGUGGCAGUGGAGCGAGUGAAGGAGUACUCUGAGACCAAGACAGAGGCCCCCUGGGAAGUGGAGGACAAGAAGCCCCCUCCUAAUUGGCCCAUGCAGGGGAACGUGGAGUUCCACAACUACAGCGUGCGGUACCGAGAGGGACUGGACCUGGUCCUGAAAAACCUCACCCUGAGCGUCAAAGGAGGAGAGAAGAUUGGUAUCGUGGGUCGCACAGGCGCCGGCAAAUCCUCCAUGACGCUCUGCCUCUUCCGACUGCUGGAAGCUGCAGCCGGAGAGAUCGCCAUCGAUGAGGUUAAGAUAUCAGAGAUAGGCCUGCAUGACCUGAGGUCUAAACUCACCAUCAUUCCACAGGAGCCCGUCCUGUUCUCUGGGACUCUCAGGAUGAACCUCGACCCCUUCGAGAAGUACAACGACGAAGAGGUGUGGAAAGCUCUGGAACAUUCUCACCUCCACAAGUUUGUCAGCAACCAGCCGGCAAAGCUGGAGCUGGAGUGUUCAGAGGGAGGAGAGAACCUGAGCGUGGGUCAGAGGCAGCUGGUGUGUUUGGCUCGAGCUCUCCUGAGGAAGACGAGGAUCCUCAUCCUGGAUGAAGCUACGGCCGCUAUCGACCUGGAGACGGACGAUCUCAUCCAGUCCACUAUCAGGACUCAGUUUGAAGACUGCACCGUGUUUACCAUCGCACACAGACUCAACACAAUCAUGGAUUACACAAGAGUGCUGGUAUUGGACAAGGGACAGAUUGCAGAGUUUGACACUCCUACAAACCUCUUAUCACAGAGAGGAAUCUUCUACGGCAUGGCUAAAGACGCAGGACUAGCACAGUAGAACCAUCAUCUUGUCAUAAACCCGGGUUGAGGAUCAGCUCAGUUCAGUCUGACUCUGAGCUUCAAACCUGGCAGUGGAACUGAAGAGUACCUUUUUAUGCGCACUGGGUAUUUUUUCAGGGCACUUACUGUGUGUUUUGAAUUCAGCUUGAGGCCAAGCCUGAACUCCUUCGCAGACUUGAAUCAAUUAGCACUUGCAAACAUUUCUAGUGUUUGUGUGAAUCCACAGCGGGACACGUACAUACUCUUUUUGUGAUUGUCUUAAGUUUCUGGCACUGACUGUAUCGUCCUGUGUGGCAAACGCCAUUUGGCAUCUAUAAGUAGUAAAGCGGAGUAAAUAAGAGAUAACAAGCCAUAUUUGCAAAAACUAGUUGAUCCAAGUCUGACCUUUAGUGCCUUCUGCCAGUGGGAUGAAGAAAGCCAGUGAAUGUAUCAUUUUCUAAUCGGCUGUCUGCUGCAAAACAAACAACAAAAAAAAGGAGGAACUUUUUUAUUUUAUUUUUUCUACAAAGAAAAAUACUGUGCCACUGUACUGUCCUCUAAAAAAAAAGAAAAAAAGAAACAUACACUUUUGUGAUAAACCCACUUAUUUUUGUACUGUACCAUUAUUUAAGCUACUUUUUAAAGAUUUGUCUCAUCUAGGGAAGUUUGCUCAGUUUAAAUAUGUGAUUCUUUUGUGAACCAAAUCUAUAAAAACUUGAAUUCUGUACCACCAAAAUAUGAAAUAUGAUGCCUUUAUU